UAAAUGAGAGAUUGAUUCCUCAACCUAUGUACUGGGUCUUCCUAUUUACUGCUAUUUUCAUUCUUAAAUGGGUUCGUCCUAAGGUUGUUAAAGAAUCUGUUGUGAUAAUGCCAGCUUUUGGAAUCCAACAUGAAACCCAUUACACCAGGGGAAGAACUAUCCGUCGAUUCAUUCCCAUGCACAAGAUUCUAAAACCUGUUCUUGCUGAAUGUUUAACACCAAUGACAUGUUAUUGGACAUUGUCUCUGCUUAUGCAUGGUAGGGAGGAAGAGCUUAUUCUGGUUUUUAAGGACCUACGACCCCCAGUGGGAAUUUUGGUGCCGGUUUGGAAGGCUUUAUGUGCAGCGGCGACAUAUACUUGUCGAUGAGCUAUCUAUCAUCUGAUAAGCUAGUGUCAUAUUACCACCCUCCAUCAAUCUGACAUAAUUCCUUGUUUGAAAAAGAUAGCCAUUUGCCCAAAACAUAACAAGCAAUGUAACUUUGAUCAUAUUGUAUAGAGACAGGAAUAUCUUAGGAUAGCAGCACGAUUUCAGCCUAUAAAAGAGUGAUUUUGAGUGACUUCAAAAAUGUAAAUUAGUCUACUUACAAACCUGAGUUAUAUUGAAUCAUUGUAUUGUAACUUUUGUUCAUCUAAGCAUUUAUGAAUUGGGUACAUUUUUCUCUUGAAUCAAGUUCAUUUCCUGG